AUGAGUAUUCCGGAUCUACAUCCCGAGGUUCAUCUUCAUGCCAUUAAAAGUGGUCUUCGUCCAGGGAAAUUCCAGGAGACCAUCGCUGUGGCUAAGCCGAAAACUUUGGCUGAAUUCCGUGAAAAAGCUAAGGGGCAGAUAGAUAUCGAAGAACUUUGCCAAGCGCGGAAGUCAGAUAAGUCGGUCACUAAAGACGACGAAAGAGCUCGAGAUACCAAGAAAGGGUUCAAACCAGUCUCCUGUUACGAAUCAUACACCCAGUUCAAUACCAAAAGGGAUGAUAUCAUUAAGGAAAUUUUGAAUUCAAAGUUGAUUAAACCUCCCCGCAAGGCAGGCAAUUACCCUGAGCCCAAAAACAUCGACAAAUCAAAAUACUGCACCUUUCACCAGAAGCAUGGCCACACAACUGAUGAGUGUGUAAUUGCUAAAGAUCUCCUGGAAUGGUUGGCACGACAAGGCCAUCUCGAUAAAUUCAUUGCAGGUCACAUGCAGAAGAGAACGGCAUCCAGCUCCGAGCAACCCUCAACAGGUCAAUCGUCAAAGGAAAAGGAUAAAGCCCCAGCUCAACCACGGGGAGUAAUCAAUUGUAUUUCAGGAGGUUAUGCCGGUGGAGGGAGUACAAGCUCGGCCAGAAAACAAAAUUAUCGAGCUAUGUUAGCGGUCGGAGACGCUGACCAUAAUUCCGCACCAAUCCCAGACAUCCCCGAGUUGACUUUUCGUCCCACUGACUUCAAUUGCAGACACACAAACUACGACGAUCCCGUGGUCGUCUCCAUCCAACUGGGAGACCUUAUUGUUCGGAAGGCAUUGCUUGAUCCAGGGAGUAGUGCUGAUGUACUUUUUUUUGCAACAUUUCAAAAAAUGAAAUUGAGCACUAACAUUUUGCAACCAUAUUCGGGAGACUUAGUCGGAUUCUCAGGAGAGCGAGUGCCCGUCCUGGGGUCCGCAUGGUUGCAAACUACACUAGGCAAACAACUAUUAUCCAGAACGCAGGAUAUUCAAUAUCUCGUCGUAGACUGUUUUAGCCCUUAUAAUGUUAUCUUAGGGAGACCUUUUUUAAACAGAUUUGCUGCUAUUGUUUCUACAUAUCACCUCUGUGUCAAGUUCCCUGUGCAGGAUAAUAUCGUUACAACCAUACAUGGCGAUCUGCAAGAAGCUCGGCAAUGCUACAACAUAAGUUUGAAACCCAUAAGAAGAAACACUGAAGCUCGGGUCAACUCAAUACAAUCCGAACAACUAAUCUCGGUAGAAUUAUACCCAAGAACCGACUUUCAGGAACGUCCCAUGCCUAAUGAAGAUCUUCACAAGGUCGCCUUAACCGAAGAUCCAGCAAAGUUCACAUUCAUAGGAACAUCAAUGGACUACGAGGUCAGAAUAAACUAG